CUCAAGCACUGGUAAGUAGUCUGCCCUGUACCCUCGAGGAGGUUGGACGUGUGCAGCCGACUGUGUACUGCCGUUGUUAUCCAAGAUGUCGACUAAGGUGCCAACAAUCACCAUGACAGACGGGAGGAAGAUGCCGGCCGUGGGCCUCGGCACCUGGAUGGCCCGAGACGAGGAGAUGCGGGCGGCGCUGACCGUGGCCCUGGAGUGUGGCUAUCGUCAUGUUGACACAGCCUAUUACUACCAGAACGAGAAGGUGAUUGGCCAGGUGCUUCAUGAGUGGCUCUCCAGCGGCAAGGUCACCAGAGAGGAGCUCUUCAUCACCACUAAGCUUCCAGAAAUAGGGAUCCGAGCGAGUGAUGUGUCAAGGUUUUUGAAGAAGUCACUGGAGUGGCUGCAGCUGACCUAUGUUGACCUAUACCUCGUCCACAAGCCUUACAGCUUUCUUGGGAAAGAUGACGAUGAUAUCAACCCAGUGGGGCGGGAAGGCGACGCUGGCCUAGACUUGACAACAAACAUUGAAGAUGUUUGGAAAGCCAUGGAAGAACAGGUGGAUGCUGGGAGGGCAAAAUCCAUCGGUCUCUCCAACUUCAACAGUGUCCAGACCAAGCGGAUCAUGAAGAUGUGUCGGGUGCCGCCAGCCAACAUGCAGGUGGAGAUACACGCCUACCACCAGCAGAAGGAGCUGAGGGCUCUCUACUCCAGCUUCGGCGUCUCUGUCUGUGCCUACGGCCCCAUCGGCGCCCCCUACUUGUACUCAGCGACCAGUGAUCAUCCAGCUCUCGUGAAUAACCCGGUGGUGACAGCCAUUGCCAGUCGUCUCAAGAGGACGCCUGGACAGGUUCUCAUCCGUUUCCUCUUACAGCAUGGCAUGGCAGUCGUCCCUAAAUCAUCCAACCCAGAGCGCAUCCGUCAGAACAUUGAGGUGUUCGACUUCAAGCUGACCAGUGAAGAUAUGUCAGCUCUUGAAGCACUGGACCGGGGCCCAGACGGAAAGAUUUACUGCUUCGAGGAUUGCAAAAGCCAUCCUGAAUAUCCGUUCCACAUCCCAUUUUAACGUGUUUGUGAAAAGCUGAUCAUCACUGGACGUGAGUCCUGUUUUAUCGUCUGACCCGCAUCUGAGGACUGCCUGUUAUACCAUUUGAAGGAUCCCCUUAAGGAAUACCUGAAGGAUCACGUGUGGGUUUUCUUCCAAAUGUUUCAGAGAUAAUAAUCAUCACUGCACAAAAAGUUAAAUAAAAAUUGCCAAUAAAU